AUGAUGCUGGGCCAAAACAGGAGGAGAAUAAGGUCGAUACAGGGCCCCGAUGGUGAUUCUGCAACAUGCCUCGAGUUCGAGAUUCCCCCGAUGAGAUUGCCAGAGUUUCCCUGGGAGAAGCCUCGUGGAGAGCGGAGCGGCUUGGUAUUGAGUGUUCGCUUUGACGACCUUUUCGCGCGUAAGGCACCCAAGCUCACAGGGGCGGUUGGAGCCGGGCUGGCUGGUAAAUAUUUUGAACACUACGACGGCUAUGUGUAUAAUCCAAACAAAUUCCGGAAAUCAACGUGCGCAAUCCAGCGGUGUGGCAGAUGGUGUUUGGGUCUCUGUGCGUCCGGGAGGAAGCCCGAGACACGGGAUUGUUGGGCCUUCAGCUUCAGGUACCAUCUUCAGGGUGGGGAUGGCCGGUGGGGCAAACGCGUUGUCAUGUUGCAGGUGAUUGAAGAUGACGGCCUGCUUGGACCAGGUCAAAUGCAAGAAGUUGCCAUGGCAGAGGCCUUGGGGGUGCCCAUUUGGCGCUUGCAAUUCAAUGACCGCCUGUUUAUAUGGAAGGCAGAAACCGCUGGUUGGACAGUCCCCGAAGAGCAGCGCCUGCAAAGUUUUCCAGCGCACUUUGCCGCCAAACACAAGUUCAAGAAGAUGUUGCAAGUAUUACACCAGCUACGCACUGACCUCCUCUCAGCCAAAGAUGAAAGUGGCAUGACAGCGGCGCAUGUCGCAGCCUCGUGCGGUCACGUGCAGGUGUUGCUUGCUUUGCGCGAUUUAGAUGCUAACCUCAUCUCAGACCCAGAUGAUUUUGGCCAGAUCCCGGCGCAUCUUGCAGCUGAAUGCGGUCAGGUGGAAGUGCUAGAGGCUUUGCUUAAGCUUGAUGCUGCCCUCGUCUUAGCCCAAACUAAAGAUGGCCGGACCCCGGCACAUGUUGCAGCUGCUAACGGUCAGGUGGAAGUGCUAGAGGCUUUGCAUAAGCUGGAUGCUGCCUUCGUCUCAGCCCAAGCUAAACAUGGCCGGACUCCGGCACAUCUUGCAGCUGCUAACGGUCAGGUGGAAGUGCUAGAGGCUUUGCAUAAGCUGGAUGCUGCCCUCGUCUCAGCCCAAGCUAAAGAUGGCUUGACUCCGGCAUUUUUUGCAGCUGUUUACGGUCAGGUGGAAGUGCUAGAGGCUUUGUGCAAGCUUGAUGCUGCCCUCGUCUCAGCCCAAACUAAACAUGGCUUGACUCCGGCAAUUUUUGCAGCUGUUUACGGUCAGGUGGAAGUGCUAGAGGCUUUGCAUAAGCUUGAUGCUGCCCUCGUCUCAGCCCAAGAUGAAGAUGGCCGGACUGCGGCACAUGUUGCAGCUGGUAGCGGUCAGGUGGAAGUGCUAGAGGCUUUGCAUAAGCUUGAUGCUGCCCUCGUCUCAGCCCAAACUAAAGGUGCCGCGACUCCGGCACACGUUGCAGCUGGUAGCGGUCAGGUGGAAGUGCUAGAGGCUUUGCAUAAGCUUGAUGCUGCCCUCGUCUCAGCCCAAACUAAAGGUGGCGCGACUCCGGCACAUGUUGCAGCUGCUAACGGUCAGGUGGAAGUGCUAGAGGCUUUGCAUAAGCUGGAUGCUGCCCUCGUCUCAGCCCAAGCUAAAGAUGGCUUGACUCCGGCAUUUUUUGCAGCUGUUUACGGUCAGGUGGAAGUGCUAGAGGCUUUGUGCAAGCUUGAUGCUGCCCUCGUCUCAGCCCAAACUAAACAUGGCUUGACUCCGGCAAUUUUUGCAGCUGUUUACGGUCAGGUGGAAGUGCUAGAGGCUUUGCAUAGGCUUGAUGCUGCCCUCGUCUCAGCCCAAGAUGAACAUGGCCGGACUGCGGCACAUUUUGCAGCUGAUUGCGAUCAUUGGGAAGUGCUAGAUGUUGCAGCUGCUAGCGGUCAGGUGGAAGUGCUAGAGGCUUUGCAUAGGCUUGAUGCUGCCCUCGUCUCAGCCCAAGAUGAAGAUGGCCGGACUGCGGCACAUUUUGCAGCUCAUUCCGGUCAUUGGGAAAUGCUAGAGGCUUUGCAUAAGCUUGAUGCUUCCCUCGUCUCAGCCCAAGAUAAAAUUGACCGGACUCCGGCACAUGUUGCAGCUGCUAGAGGUCAGGUGGAAGUGCUAGAGGCUUUGCAUAAGCUUGAUGCUGCCCUCGUCUCAGCCCAAGAUGAAGAUGGCUGGACUCCGGCACAUUUUGCAGCUGAUUGCGGUCAUUGGGAAGUGCUAGAGGCUUUGCAUACGCUUGAUGCUGCCCUCGUCUCAGCCCAAACUAAAGAUGCCUCGACUCCGGCACAUGUUGCAGCUGCUAUCGGUCAGGUGGAUGUGCUAAAGGCUUUGCAUAAGCUUGAUGCUGCCCUCGUCUCAGCCCAAGCUGAAGAUGACCGGACUCCGGCACAUGUUGCAGCUGCUAGCGGUCAGGUGGAAGUGCUAGAGGCUUUGCACAAGCUUGAUGCUGCCCUCGUCUCAGCCCAAGAUGAAGAUGGCUCGACUCCGGCACGUGUUGCAGCUGAAUGCGGUCAGGUGGAAGUGCUAGAGGCUUUGCAUAAGCUGGAUGCUGCCCUCGUCUCAGCCCAAGAUGAAGAUGGCCGGACUCCGGCACAUUUUGCAGCUGGUAGCGGUCAAGUGGAAGUGCUAGAGGCUUUGCAUAAGCUUGAUGCUGUCCUCGUCUCAGCCCAAGAUGAAGAUGGCUGGACUCCGGCACAUUUUGCAGCUGAUUGCGGUCAUGGGGAAGUGCUAAGGGCUUUGCGCAAGCUUGAUGCUGCCCUCGUCUCAGCCCAAGGUGAAGAUGGCCGGACUCCGGCACAUGUUGCAGCUGGUAGCGGUCAGGUGGAAGCGCUAGAGGCUUUGCAUAAGCUUGAUGCUGCCCUCGUCUCAGCCCAAGAUGAAGAUGGCUGGACUCCGGCACAUUUUGCAGCUGAUUGCGGUCAUUGGGAAGUGCUAGAGGCUUUGCAUAAGCUUGAUGAUUCCCUCGUCUCAGCCCAAGAUAAAAUUGACCGGACUCCGGCACAUGUUGCAGCUGCUAGCGGUCAGGUGGAAGUGCUAGAGGCUUUGCAUAAGCUUGAUGCUGCCCUCGUCUCAGCCCAAGAUGAAGAUGGCUGGACUCCGGCACAUUUUGCAGCUGAUUGCGGUCAUUGGGAAGUGCUAGAGGCUUUGCAUACGCUUGAUGCUGCCCUCGUCUCAGCCCAAACUAAAAUGCCUCGACUCCGGCACAUGUUGCAGCUGACGGUCCGCUUUGCACACUUGAUGCUUCGUCUCAGCUGCUCGACUCCGGCACGUGUGCAGCUGAAUGCGGUCAGGUGGAAGUGCUAG